UUCAAAGUUUAGUAUCGCAUAAUAGUAUCCUAAAAAAGAAAGACAAAUUACCGAUAUUUUUCAUUAAUUGAUUUGUAAAUAAAUGUAAAUACGAUUGAUUAUGGUGUUGUAUGUAUGAAUCGUCGAUAUUAUUUUCUGUGAGUUCAAUUCAUUUUUGUCAAACUUUCAAUGAAUGUCAGCAGCACACCUCACAUCGACAGGAUGUCGAAUAUCUACAACAACUCGAUGGUUCGAUUUUACCAUCAUGUGUUCUACGAUCUAUCCGAUCCUCGAACAAGAGAUUGGUUCCUCAUACCAUCACCCGUACCUGGAACUAGCAUCUUAAUCGGUUAUUUGUACUUUAUUCUGUCAUGGGGCCCGAAGCACAUGCAGCAUAGGAAACCAUAUCAAUUAAAGAAUAUUCUAGUCUGUUACAAUUUCUUACAAGUCCUUCUCAGCUUCUGGCUGUUCUACGAAGGUUUGGACGCAGCUUGGCUGCGAAAAUAUAGUUGGAAAUGCCAAUCCGUCGAUUAUUCGAACUCACCGGAAGCACUCAGGGUCGCUAGAGGCGUGUAUAUUUAUUUUCUAGCAAAGCUUUCGGAACUUUUAGACACAGUAUUCUUCGUUCUAAGGAAAAAAGAAAAUCAAAUUACGUUUCUCCAUUUGUAUCAUCAUACUGUUAUGCCAAUGGUUUCGUGGGGUGCCACUAAGUAUUAUCCGGGUGGACAUGGCACGUUUAUAGGUGUCAUUAACAGUUUCGUGCACAUAAUUAUGUACACGUAUUAUUUAUUGGCUGCUUUAUUACCUCAAUACCAAAAGUACCUAUGGUGGAAGAAAUAUAUUACAACUCUUCAAAUGGGUCAAUUCUGCCUAGCAUUUCUGCAUAGUUGUCAAUUGCUGUUUUAUGACUGCGACUAUCCAAAGUGGUCGCUCAUCUUAAUUCUACCUAACGCGGUAUUCUUCUACUUCCUGUUCUCCGAUUUCUACAAUAACGCAUACAAAUCGAAUGAGAAACAUUCAAAACUUAUGCAAGACAAGGAGACCAAGAUAGCAAAGACAGUGUCAAAUGGAAGCAUGCAAUACGAAAGAAGAAAAGUUGACUAGGCUGGAACUUCUGAAAGAAGAAACAUGAAUAUAAAAAAUCGAAAUAUCGCCAUUUAUCGAAAUACCGAAUUAAUUAAAUUCAGUCAAAAUAAUCAAACGUUUAAUGUUUGAAAUUGUUGAUAAUGACUGUGCUUCUAGUGUGUUUCUGAUGUAUUAUGACAUGUUAUGUCACAUAUUAUGGAUUGAUUGUACAUUGUCAACUCCAAGGUUAUUUGAAAAUAUUUUUUGCUUCUACAAGAGAAAUCAAAGGAAUGAAUUUGUUUUUUUAUCUUAUAUAGAAAAUAUAAGAAAUAUUUGUUUAUGAAAGAUAGUUUCUCCUUGAUUAUUUGCAGAUUAUCAUCGAACAAGUAUUUGAACUUACACAUUAAUUAUAUUGAGAAAGGUGGAAUGUUAUAUCAAUGAUGAGGUGGAAAUGUUAUA